AACCGAAUACACGGUUUCUCAAAAGGGGGCGUUUCGGGGCAAAAUUGCAUCCGGUCGGUACUGUGCCCUGUGGUUUUAUUCAGUCAGGGCGUUAGGGCUCCUCCACCCCUCUGUGUCCAUCCUCAACCUCCGUUUAUUCGGGAUGGAAAACCAACAAGAAAUUUCCAGCCAGGAAGGUAGACGCAUCAUGGAAGAAAUUGCAGCUACUGGAAAAUGCUGGCAUGACUGGGAUAAGCUGAAGAGGUUUCUUUCCUUCCAUCUUAAGCAGAUACUGUCAGACUAUCCAGAGUCAAAAUUGACACAUGAAUUGCAGCAAAUUUCUUCAAUCGGAGAGCCCUUUCCAGAUUUGGUGAAAAGGUUGGAUCAUGAUCUUAAUAGCUUUACUAAUGGUCCUCCCUUUACUUUACAAAGACUGUGUGAGAUCAUGUUGGAUCCAAGAAGCAUUUACCCAAAGCUCUCAAAGCUUGCAUUGGCGUUAGAAAAGAACUUGUUGGUUGCAUCUACAUUGACCAUCUCCGAUGACCCAUCAACUGCUACCAUGCAAAAAGCAGGAGAAGCAGAAACAGAAUCACCCCCCCUAGUAUCCCAACAUCAAUCAUCAAAUUUGGUGGUACCAAAUGGGGUUGAAACCAGACGAGCUGAAGAUACGGAUGAAGUGAUGGGGGAGGCCGAGGGGAAUGAAGUUGUUGAUGAUGGGAUUACAACCGACAUGGAAACAUCAGAACUAGUCAGAUCUGAAACCAAUCCCACCGUGGUUGCGGAACCAGCUAGGUGUGAUGAUCCAUAGUUUGAACUUUGAAGCAACAGGGUGGGUUAUCUGUCUGUAUUUAGUAUAUUUUUUCACGUUAAAGUGCAACAAAUUCAGGCUAACUAUUUUACAGAUGUUGUAAUGGUAAUAUUGAAGUUGGAUGGGCUCCUUGGAGACUCACUUUUCCCUUGCAAGAACCACUAUUUUUUUCUGAUUUGUUCUCAUAUUUUCGGUAACUAGAAUAGCACAUUCUCUUGUAGGUGUAUUUUUAUACUCCGUAUAAUCUUUUCUUGUUCUUAUUUUUUGCUUAUUUGUUGAUUUGUUC